UGGUGGAAAAUAUGAUGAUGGCUGUCUUCUGGAUUGGCAGCAAGUUUGAAGUUGGCUGGCCUUUGGGUUGCACUUUGACUACUAUUGUUUGUUUUGACUUUCCAAGUGCCAUUAAUAGGAUCUUCUCUUUGGCAUUCGUAUUUGAGCAAACGGUAAUGUCUUAUGGCAUUGGUUUGCGGGCUUGGAUUAUAGGCAACGUUGUUACCGACUGAGCAUUUAUCAGUGGCCAAUUCCACUCGUUCCUUUGUAGUAGUUUUACUGCACUGACGCUAGAUGACAAUCCAAUAGCAUUGAGUUACCGCCUUGAUGGUUGGUACUCAUAUUAGUACCAACGUCACAGCUUAUACCAAACGUCACCACUGAAAUAGCAUGUGUGAUUAAUGUACAGCACCUUCAUCUAUUGAUAAAAGUUUCUUAUAAAAGCCGCUGCGUAAGAAUAAUAGCGGGAAGUUUGGGCCGAUUAUGUUCAUGCGCACUGAAGAUAUUUCAUUUUAAAGUAGUUCCGUGGUAAGUAAUGUUGGUUGUAAAUGUCGAAGACAAACACUGAUGUGUAUUAAAUUAGUGGGAAAGUGACUGAAUUUUAAAUUUGUGUCAUACUGGGCGCUCUGAGACGUAAUUCAGGAAACAUAAGGUAGCAGCAGCAGCUUACCUGUUUUGUGGAAGAUUUCGCAUGGCUUCUGGACGCGGUCUUCCUGCAACAGAAUAAAAGAAUAAUUUCCCACUGAGAAAUCUUUUCAUGCCUUAGAAUGUCCAACAUCGGACGAGUAAUUGUAGCUGUGUCUGGUGGAGUUGAUAGUGCAGUGGCAGCCUUGUUCCUGAAAAGAAAGGGUUUUGAUGUUGUUGGUGUGUUUAUGGAGAACUGGGAUGUCACAGAUGAAAUGGGAAUCUGUUCUGUUGCCCAGGAUGCAGAAGAUGCACAAUGGGUAUGCAGUAGAUUGGAUAUUCCAUUCCAUCAUGUCAGCUUUGUGAAGGAAUACUGGCAUGAGGUCUUCUGCAGUCUACUGAAGGACUAUGGAAGUGGCUACACACCUAAUCCAGAUAUUCUGUGUAAUCGCCAGAUUAAAUUUGACACGUUUUACAGAUAUGCCAAAGAUAAAAUGGACGCUAAUGCCAUUGCAACUGGUCAUUAUGCCCGUACAACAUUUGGCAGUUUCUUGGAAAACUAUGAUCCCGUUGCAGGUGUUCAUCUUCUGAAGCCAGUAGAUCUUUUUAAGGAUCAGACGUUUUUUCUAAGUCAAGUUCCUCAGAUGCCUCUUCAGAGGACAAUGUUUCCUCUUGGUAACUUGACAAAAAACCAAGUUCGAAGAAUUGCCUGUGAACAUGAAAUGUACCAUAUUGUCAAGAAGAAGGAAAGCAGAGGAAUCUGUUUUAUUGGCUCAAGAAAUUUCAGAAAUUUUAUAUCAGAGUAUUUGGUUGACAAACCAGGGAAUUUCCGAGAUAUUGACAAUGGGCACAUAGUGGGUAAGCAUUCAGGAAUACACCAAUGGACAAUUGGUCAGAGAUGUCGGAUAGGUGGUCAAGUGAAGCCGUAUUUUGUAGCAAGAAAGGAUCCUAAAUCUGAUGACAUAUUGGUGGCUUCUGGUACAAACCAUCCAUCACUUUUUAUACAGUUCUUCUUCGCAGCUGAAUCACAUUGGAUCCAUUCAGUUCCAGAGCCUCUGAUGCUGGAAGGGAUAUUUGAAUGUGAAUUUCGCUUCCAGCACACAAAGCCACUUGUGAAGUGUACAUUGGUGGCUAUGGCUGAUAACCAGGUCUUGGUCAAACUCGUUAGACCAUUGCGAGCAAUUACGCUAGGACAGUACGCAGUGUUUUAUAAAGGCAAGGAAUGCCUUGGUAGUGCAAGAAUUACUCUGCUCGGACCAUCUCUACAAAGUCUUGGACAUGGUGAACAAAAUGGCUGUCUUGUAAGAGGCAUAGUUUAUGAUAGUGCAGUGCAUACAGUGGAUGUUAGAGGUUGAAAUUGUUAUAACUAUUGAAAUAAAGUUACCCAAUAUAAGAGAAAUGAAUGCAAUGGUAUGCAGUGACUUGAAAUAGGACUCAGUGAUGUGUUUUUGUAUAAGCAUUGUUCAACAUUCUGGUCCAUACCAAGGAAUAUGUGUAUUACAGAUUUAGAAUGUUAGUUUAAUUAUGUGAGAUUUGAGAUUUUUACAGUGAUGUGUAUGGACUCAGCUGCUUUCUGGGAUCUUGCAUCCACUUAACCUGAAGAGGAUGCACAGUAAGCUUUUCUGAAAUCUUGGUCAACAUGUACCAAACUACACAGUGCAACAUCCCAAAAGAAAGCCAUUUCUGUAGUUCCAUUAUGUUUUGAUAAUGUAGUUAAGUUUGUCAGGUUGAUUAUAGUUACAAUAUGGUUACGAUAAUUACAAAGAACUAUGUUGCAUAACUUACCAAGAGAAAUAGAACAAGUUCCCAAAAUUUUUGACAGUAUUUUCUUCUGAAAAUUAAUUAUUAAAUUUUGAGUUUUGUGUCCAACAAUGAUUCUGAAAAGAUAAUAGCAUUAUAUUAAUUUACUUCAUGCUUUGCAGGAUAUGUAUGUAAUAGUUUUCAUGACAUACCUGAAGGGUUUAAGGUCCAUUAACCUAAAAAUGUCUGAACUGGAAAAAUAAAUAAAUUAUAAUGUGUGUGCUGAAA